GUGGAGGACUGGUGCCAGCUAUAGCUGAUGUAAACACAAGACCAAGAUGGACGCGUGAGCUAUCCCACAUAGUCGGAGUUCAAGUAAAUCAAACAUCUUGUGAAAUUAAAAAAAUGCCAAAAGGACCCCAGGACAUUGUGUGAUGUUUGUUUUGCCAAGUGUAUCAACCCUUGCCCGAACUGCAGCCCUUGGUGGGUUUAUAGUGAUUGGCAGUGCAUUCUACUUCAAGUCCUGUAUUCAGGAUGGUAUAAAACAGUCUGGAUAUUAUAAGGAAAGUCUCAGUAUUCUUCGAUCACACAGAGGUAUUGCUCAUUUAAUGGGAGAACCAAUAAAGGAUGGAAGAGUUGAUCUAGCUGAUAAUGUUAAUAAUUUCUGCACAGGGAAAGAAGCACAGUUUCAAGUUCCAGUAAAAGGCACUAAGCAGUCAGGAACUUUGUAUUUAUGGGCUUCACGCAUUGAGUAUGAUAGAAAUUGGAAUGUGGACAGACUUGAACUAGGCCUUGAAAAUGACCCUGGAAGAAGAGUACUGCUUCGAGACUCGUCUCAGAUGCUUGUGAAUGAAGAGAACCAGUCUGGAAACCUGUCUGCUGUAUUGUCAUGUUUACAGGCAAAACAAAUGGAGAAUUUGUCCUGUUUAGUAGCUCACCAGCUUACAUGUAUUUUUGUUUUUUUGUAAUAAGUGAACUGUUAAAUAAUUCAUGAAUUAUUGAAUUGGUUACUCACUCUUGUAAGUUCCUCCUCACUAUGAUACAUGUACUACAGGAUAACCAGAUUGAAGUACAAGGCAUUCUUUUGUCUCACUUUGUCAUUCAUUCUUUCUAAUUUUUCUUCCAAAAAUAUUCUGCUCUAAUGUUUUUAUUUCCACAACAAGGUCCCAAAAUGUCUGGUUUACUCAUUGGCCAUUACUUCACUACAUCCCAAUUUCACAGUUAUCCCCCAAAAUCAUUUGAUACCAUGUUUUCCCAACAUGCACACACACAUUAACUCCUCCCUCAUGUCCGUCCCCUUACACCUACUACCCAUAUUUUUAAGAGUUUCCUAGCCCAUAUCUGUGUCAAUACAGUGCAACUCCCUUUAUCCAAAUUCCAACUAUCUGAAUCUUCCAGGAAUCCAAAUGCAACUGAAAUCAUUCAUUUGCGAGUCUGCUACCACUAGCGCUGUAACAGCUUUGUUCCAACCAUGCCGGGCUUUUUGAUUGGUGGAAGGUGUUUGCUCUAAUUUCUUGUUAUGAUAAACAAUAAAAUUGAUGCAUAGCAUAUCAUAAAAUACAAUAGCACAUAUUUAAAAAAAAAAGUAGCUCCUUCCACACUCAAACCAUUUUCUGGGUGAUGCAACACUGUUCAGCCAGGCAGUCAACCAGCGGACUCUGAGAUGCGUGUGUGUGUGUCAGACAUGGGGUAAUAGUAAUAAGUACAUAAUAGUAAUAGACUGUUAUGGGGUUUUAAAUUGUAAUACAGUAUCUGUAUAUCAAAAUAUUUUGGUUGUUUGUAAUUGUAAUAAUAGGCAAAGUAAUAGAUAAUAGUCUAUUACUUUUCUAUUACGGAGACACUUCUUUAAUUGCAAAGGUGGGCAGUUGUGCCACAAAAAGUUGCAGCUCAAAUUGUGCCGCAACUUUUUCGGUUGCGCGUGCAGUUGCGCCGAACAUUUUUCCAAAGAGUUGCGAGUCUCAGCCAGUCCACUGAGACCAGUGGCAGUGAGGCAUUUUUUUUAAAUUUUGUAAUAAAAUAUUGAUAUUAA